CGAAUGUAUAUAUACAGCGGAAUGGGUGACAGUAUAAAAGCUCGAGUAGGAUAAGGUAUUGUUCGCCACCAGUGAUCGGCAGCGCGAGAUAUUUUACGGUUCCUCCGCAAAAAUGUUUAUGAAAAUAGUCGUCCUGACCGCCGUCCUAGCGAUAGCACAGGAUGUUAAGGCUGCUAUUGAGCCAUCAUACUGCGAUAAUAGCACUCAGGCCGGAUUGCAGGGAGCUAUUGACGGGACGAUGAACAAUGUCAUCACAGUUCUCGUAGACCUGGGUUUAGGAAACAGCGAUAUGAACAACACGUUGGCACAAAUUCAAGUGUAUCUGCUUGACGUGUUAAACUUGGUGGUAAAUAUCUCUGGUUCAAGUUCAACGUCGAGCACGUCUUCUAGUAUUUUAAAUCUGUACAUCUCCAUUUUCGUAAAUCUCCUAAAUAUGUACAUCGAUAUGUCAGUCGGAGGUAACAAUGGAGGUACCGGUUUAUCGUGCGAUGAUUACUCUUCAGCUGUCGACUCUUACAAUUCAUCCGCCAUAAGUAAUAUGACGAGCAUGGAAAAUCAAAUGUCAAACGAUGUGUAUAUUGAUCUUUUGGGUUUGCUAGUGAUUAUCGUCAACUUGGUAGUCGACAUUAUCGUUCAACUAUGCAUUACUAUAAAAGCAAACCUCUUAGGUUUAGUCAAUGUCGAUGCCGACGUCAACCUCAACGCCGUCGUCAAGGCUUUGUAGAUACUAUCCAAGUAAUACAUACAUAUAUAUAUAUAUAUAUAAAGAAAUAAGAGUCAUCGAAUGAGAAGCGAAAAUUCGCUGUUCGCGUAAUAAAAUAUUUCAACCACUCAACCGGCAAGCAAGUUUAAUAUUUGUUGGUACCCUCUUCCCUGUAACUUUCGUAUCCCAUGUAAAUUUUCGUAUCCCAGACACUUUGUUGCAGAAUUCC